AUGAAUGCUAUUGAAAAAUUAGACAAAAUUUUACGACGUCUAAGUAGCAAAAGUCGCCGUGCUGCUACGAGACGUGUGAACUGUCAUCCAGAAGUUUCUAGCUCAUGUAGUGAUGAAGAUGAUUUAGCAGAACAACAAACGGAUUCCUCAAAAAAUGACCGUAAAAGUGGCAGUAGCCGUCGGAUACAUUUGAAGCCAAUAAUACCAACCAUUCAAGGAAUGAUAGCAACAGCAACAAGGCGAUCCUCAGUUUCAGCAAUCAGUUAUUAUCGUGUUUAUUCGGCCGCAAUGGUAUGUCAUCAUUUACAGGAAGAACUGGAAAGGACAUAUAAUCUGCAGCAGCAACAACAACAACAACAACAACAACAACAACAACAACAAUUGCAGUACGUCCAGCAAAAGCCAGAAGAGGAUGAACAUCCGAAGACUGCGGAGACUUAUGAUGGCCAAAUGUUAAGUGUUGACAACUGCGACACUUUCAGAUCACUACUUUCGCCCUCUAGGUUACCAGCUACUCGAAUGUUGGCAGGUGAUUUAGUAACUCAGACUGUGGCAGGCUCUGCCACUCACGACAAAUCAUGUGAAUCUGAAGAUGCCGAUUACGUAUCCGAUUAUUCUACCUAUGGAGUACAGCGAAGUGUAACACGGAAAUCCGUUUACGAAUUAGAUAUGUCUAUGGAUGAAUCUUUGCCAGAAUCAUGCGGGCGUGAAAGUGGCUACUUGUCGGGAAUUGAUGUACGUUACAGUAUAUCAGCUGCUGAAUCACCUGCUUUAUCACCUCUUGGUGUAGCUUUUUUUCGAGCUCAACCGUUGUUUCAACGUACGCUAGGAGCGAUCACGCAGCAAUCUUUUGAUAGUGAAGAAUUGCAAAAGAACGAAAAAGGUAAUCUGAAAGUGAUUGCCAUUCCACAACAAAUUGGCAAUACAAAGGAUCUGAAGCUUCAGGAUGAGGAAGCCAAAAUACCGGAUUAUAUGAGUACUGAAAAGCUACUCCGGGAUAGUAUUGCGGAAACGAAAUACAUAACAACUAUUUUUGAGCUUUCGUCGGGUGGUAUCGUUGGUUUAAUUGAUGAUGUCCUCAACGAAUUUAGUUUGUGGUUCCAUGAAGAGAUUGGCCUCUUAGGAAUUGCAUGUGAGGUGCACUGGUCGGUACCGGAGAAACACCGUCAUCUUGCAUCCGAGAAAAGAAUGAAGGAAGCUCUUCAUCAUUCACUCCGGCAAAACAAUCGUCGUGUAUUAAACAUGAAAAGUAGAACUGGUAACUAUCAUUUGCCGUUAACGAUGAUAUCAGCUAUAACAGAGGAAAAUUGUGCACGCGAUUGUCAGUUAAAUUGCUUUCAAGGUGUUUAUCGUCGUUUCUACACAUCGUUAUUGCCGUAUCAACACACAGACACAAGUGUAUGGCAUAGUCCGUAUUGGAAUUUACGUGAUAUCAAUCAAUCAAAUACACAAAAGCCAAAUCCGGAACAGUUCAUUUUUGGACGUGAUGCGACCAAACUUGAUGUCGGCAGUUUGGUUGCUGUUAAUGUUGUCGCACUGAAAAUUGUGCUAUAG